CCGCUCAUUGUUUCUCACACAAACCCAGGCAAACAGGAAGACACCUCGGCAUGCCCCCCCCGCCUUAGCAGAAGAGCGACAGGAGGGGCGGCCAGUGAGAGUGUCGGUACUGGCGCAGCGCAGCCAAUGGGAGCCUGCGAGAGGGGGUAGGCGGGAGUUCCGGACUGGCAGGCGGGCGGGCGGUGGUGGUGUCGGCCGGGCCCCCUCUCCCGCUGCAAGCCCCACCUUUCGGCUUUCCCGCACCGUCAAUCAAAAUAGGAAAAAAAACCCGGAGUGGGCUCGGGCCGCCGCCGCCGCUUCAGCCCGUGAGCACAAUAAGCAUGUCCCCGGCGGCAGCCGCCUAGCCCCAGCCGGCGGGGCCUGUGUGCGAGCCAGCCAGCCAGCCUGCCUCCCGCCCAGCCAGCCGCUCGCACUCACACCAUGACCGCUCCCGAGAAGCCCGUGAAACAAGAGGAAAUGGCUGCCUUAGACGUGGACAGCAGCAGCCACAGCGACUAUCUCCAGCACGGCAACGGCGCUGCCUCGGCCUCCGCCGGGGCGGCCGCCCCCCAGGACGCUCAGCCGUCACCGCUCGCUCUCUUGGCGGCCACCUGCAGCAAGAUCGGCCCGCCGUCGCCGGAGGAGGAUGAGGCCGCCGCCGCCGCUCACUCUGCCGGAGCGACAGGGGAUUUGUCUUCUGUACAAUUAGCAGGAACUCCAAAUAGAUGGGAGGUUUUGUCUGCAGCUCCUACCACUAUAAAGGAUGAAGCUGGUAAUAUAGUACAGAUUCCAGGUGCUGCCACAGUAACUUCAAGUGGACAGUAUGUCCUUCCCAUUCAGAGUUUGCAAAAUCAACAAAUAUUUUCUGUUGCACCAGGAUCAGAUUCAUCAAAUGGUACAGUGUCUAAUGUACAAUAUCAAGUAAUACCCCAGAUCCAGACGGCUGAUGGUCAGCAGGUUCAGCUUGGCUUUGCAACCUCUUCUGAUAAUGGUGGUAUAAAUCAAGAAACUGGUCAAAUUCAGAUCAUUCCUGGUUCUAAUCAAACCAUAAUUGCCUCUGGAACACCUUCAGCUAAUAUUCAGAAUCUCUUAUCACAGACUGGUCAAGUUCAGGUGCAGGGAGUUGCAAUUGGUGGUUCUUCCUUUCCUGGCCAAGCACAAGUAGUUGCUAAUGUCCCUCUUGGACUUCCAGGAAAUAUUACUUUUGUACCCAUCAAUAGUGUUGAUCUAGAUUCUCUGGGACUCAACAGUGGUUCUCAAACCAUGACUGCAGGCAUUAAUGCAGAUGGACAUUUGAUAAAUACUGGACAGGCCAUGGAUAGUUCAGACACUUCUGAAAGGACUGGUGAACAAGUUUCUCCUGAAAUUACAGAAACUACCACUGAUAAUGACUUAUUUGUGCCAACAUCAUCGUCAUCACAACUGCCUGUUACCAUAGACAGUACAAGUAUAUUGGAACAAAAUGCAAACAGCUUGACCACAAAUAGUGGGCAAGUACACAGUUCUGACCUUCAGGGAAAUUACAUCCAGACAUCAGUCUCUGAUGAGACACAGGCUCAGAAUAUUCAGGUCUCCACAGCACAGCCUAUUGUACAACACAUACAACUUCAGGAGUCUCAGCAACCAACCAGUCAAGCCCAAAUUGUACAAGGUAUUGCGCAGCAGACAAUCCAUGGUGUGCAAGCAAGUCAAGGUAUAUCGCAACAGGCUCUACAAAAUCUUCAGCUGCAGCUCAAUCCUGGAACUUUUUUAAUUCAGGCACAAACAGUGACUCCUUCUGGGCAGAUCACUUGGCAGACAUUUCAAGUGCAAGGUGUCCAAAACUUGCAAAACUUGCAGAUUCAGAAUGCACCUGGUCAACAAAUAACUCUAACACCUGUGCAGACUCUUACUCUUGGUCAAGUUGCAGCAGGUGGGGCCUUGACUUCAACUCCAGUUAGUCUGAGUACUGCUCAAUUGCCAAAUCUGCAAACAGUUACAGUAAACUCUAUAGAUUCUGCUGGUAUUCAGCUGCAUCCAGGAGAAAAUGCUGACAGUCCUGCAGAUAUUAGGAUUAAAGAAGAGGAGCCUGAUCCAGAAGAGUGGCAGCUCAGUGGUGAUUCUACACUGAAUACCAAUGAUCUAUCACAUUUGAGAGUACAGGUGGUAGACGAGGAAGGGGACCAAACACAUCAAGAAGGAAAAAGAUUGCGACGAGUUGCUUGCACCUGUCCCAACUGUAAAGAAGGUGGUGGGAGAGGCUCUAAUUUGGGAAAAAAGAAACAACACAUCUGUCACAUCCCAGGGUGUGGGAAAGUUUAUGGGAAGACUUCACAUUUGAGAGCUCAUCUCCGCUGGCAUUCUGGAGAGCGCCCGUUUGUUUGUACUUGGAUGUUCUGUGGUAAAAGGUUCACUCGCAGUGAUGAGUUACAGCGACACAGAAGAACACAUACAGGAGAGAAGAAGUUUGUCUGUCCGGAAUGUUCAAAACGCUUUAUGAGGAGUGAUCACCUUGCCAAACACAUUAAAACACAUCAGAAUAAAAAAGGUAUUCACUCUAGCAGUACAGUGUUGGCAUCAGUAGAAGCAGCACCUGAUGAUACUUUGAUUACUGCAGGAGGAACAACACUUAUCCUUGCAAAUAUUCAACAAGGUUCUGUUUCAGGAAUAGGGACUGUUAAUACAUCUGGCACCAGCAAUCAAGAUAUUCUUACCAAUACUGAAAUACCUUUACAGCUUGUCACAGUUUCUGGAAAUGAGACAAUGGAGUAAAUAUGACACAAGAUACCUAUUAAUUGUGGUUAUUUUUAUACAGUAGUGAGAAAAAGUUCCUAAGUUCUUAGAUAUCUUUUUAUUGAUGUGCAAAAAUUUUUGGAUUGACAGUAACUUGGUUAUACAUGACACUGAAAUGCCUUACUUUGUAUGAUAUUCCAUAGUAUAUUAAAAUGGUAAAAUUGCAUGGGUUUUGUAGGUACUUUUGGAAUCUAGAAGAGAUGAAAUUUUACCAAGUUAUAUUAAAAAAUAAAUUUAAUGAUGGGAAUGGUAGUCUAACCAAAUGCAUCAAUCCUGUGUGGUUUAGUGUAAAAAUGAGAACAUGUUGGUAUUUAUCUAUUGUAAGAUAAAAAGAAGUUGAUGGGUGAAAAGAAAUCAUGUUAUGAUAAAAGAAAUUUUGUAAUUUUCUUGAUGACUGGAAUUUUUAUUAUGCAUAACUGACAAAUCAAGUUUCCAAGCAAAUGUUACAUAGUGUAGGCUUUACUUAGCUCAUCAGCUUGUCAUUUUGAAGCUAAUUAUUUUAAUUAGGUUAACUAUGUACAAUAUUUUAAGCAUUACUCUUGUAAGAUUUUGAAAACUACAUUUUAACAUGGAACUCUAGGGAUAGUCACCUUUUAAAUCCUGUUGAAAAGCCAUGUUUAAGAUUUAAUUUGCCAAAAUGAUGUCUUGUUAAUAUUCUUUCAAUAACCAAGUUGGGCAAUAUAACCAAUGUUUAAAAAAAAAAGUUUAAAAUGUUUAAAAAAAUGUAUAGGUUGAGGCAUUUGGGUGGUAAGGCAAAUGUUAUAGUGAAAUAUAUCCCUUUCCUUGAACACUGGAGGACCAAAAAUUAGGUGUAUUGCGUCUCAGCAGUGAUUUUUAUCAAAUCUUGUUCCCAAAAACAUCUGUCUGCCAGGGCCUUAAAAGCCAUCAUGUAAUUUACCAGUAAAAAUAUAACAUAUGCAAAUGUAACAGAAAAUCACUUCCAUAGUGACAAUACUCCCAACCAUAUGGAUAUUAGUCAUAGUGAACUAGGGGUUUUACAAGGUUUUUUUUAAUUUGUUUAGCUUUUGGUUAGUCAAUCUGCAUUUAAAUAUCAACCAUCUUUCCUUUUUCGCUUCUUCCCUUAAAUUGUAUGUAUCCAGUACAUUUAACUGAUAAACAUAUAUGUUUUUUAUUAUGCUGAAUUUUCUUUUUAUUUUUAAUUACUGUUUAUAUUUUCAAUUAUAGAAAAAUGUACAAAAUAAAGUUACUUAGCCAGGCUGUAAGUUCUAUACCAUUUUCCAAAAAUGUACAACAAUAAUUACUGCAGUUCACCUAUUUACAAACAUUUGGAAAUCUGUUCGUUAUCCUUAAAACCACCUCAAAUUUAAAGGCUACCUUAUUGUACGUUUAAAGUGUAUUAUAACAGUGUGGUAGUUAAUAAAACACUAUUUUUUUCUUUUGA